AUCAAACAGUUAACAAAAACAGCGAAAAUAAUGGUGCGCCAAAAUCAUAUGUCAUAAAUCUAACACAAGCAAGCACAUUAAACCAAGCAACCAAUAGUGAAAGGCCACCAGACUAUGUACAUUUAACUCAAGAUGAUUCUCAAACAUCUCAAAUAAAUAGUGCAGAAAGUGAAAUACGAUUCUAUGAAACGUGCAUGCAAAAACGUGUGAAAGAAUUUGUCAACUAUUGUAAUCGGACCUCUAUCGAAACACUUAUUGAACAGUAUGAACAAAUUCAAGCAAUAAAGCCGUCUAAAGCAAAAGCUUUCAUUGGAAUGCUCCCUGGUCCGUUACCGAACACAAUAAACGAUUUUUGGGAAAUGGUUUGGCAGGAACGAUCCGGACUUAUAUUCAUGCUUUGCAGAUAUGUUGAAGAGCAAAAAGUGAAGUGUGCUGAAUAUUUACCAACACUUCAAACUCGCGCAAUUGUGCAUGCCGGAAUACGGAUUGAAUUACGGGAACGUAAUAGGUCAAAAAGUGGUGAUAUUAUCAUGACGCAAUUAUUGCUUAGUCGGGAAAAUGCAAAUCUCACCGUAAUGCAUUACCAAUGGACAUCAUGGCUUGACAAAAAGGUACCAGUAAAUGAUUACAAGACGCCGUUCUACUUGCUGAAAAAAUCACGCAUUUCACCAACAUGUACUGUGGUGCAUUGCAGUGCCGGUAUAGGUCGCAGUGGUACUUUGGUUGCAAUUGAACUUUGCUUAAUGCAACUGGUAGCUGGCAAUGAAUUAGUGGUACCGGAUAUGGUUGCUUAUAUACGUCGAAAACGAGCUCAAUCGAUACAAACUAAGGAACAGUAUUUGUACAUUUUCAGGGCAUUACUCGAUUUUGCCGUCACCAAUCAUAUUAUUUGCGCACGAAAAAUAAAUCCAUUUGUUGAAAGGUACCGACAAAUAUGCCAUUUCGAUGAAACAUAA